AUGCCGUGGUCAUCACAUAAUAUGAACUCGGAUAUAUUGGAAUUACUCGCCCAGCAGGAAAAGUCUAGUUCGGGUUCCAGUUAUCCCCAACCAGCGCUUGCUCGUCUUGGUGAUGCCUCCACGCGGGCUUUCCCGCGGGUGUAUCUCCAGCCGAAUUAUUUGAACAGGAACGAUACACAGUAUUCCAUUGUCAACAACAGCAACAACGACGGCGACGCCCAGGUUGUAGCCACAGCUUCUCUCCGCCCCGCAAACCAUAUCACGAACACCACUCCUCUUGUGGCUCCUUUUAUACGGGAACCACAUUGGCAGGAGCUUCCUCAGCCAGGAGUCAUGGACAAUGGCGUCAACAACUACGAAAAUCCCCAUGUUCAUCAUCAGGGAGGUGAACAAGAGUGA